CAGAAGCAACAGAGGACUUGAGGGAAGCCAGCCGGGGAGGGGCCCUUUGUCAGGAAGGAAUAUUAUUACUAUCUUCACUGCCGGCUCUGGAAUAAAUACGCUUAUUCGUGCCUGUUUUUUUUUCGUGCAACAGCACAGCCCGGGUCGGCUAGGACCAGGACUUCCAAUUUAUUUUUUUUAUCGGGAAAACAAAGGGUGUGGAUGUUUUUUUUGUAGCUCCUUGCACUGUUUUUCUUUCCUCCCGCAGCCGCACUGAUUUCCACUGACCAGUUGUCUUUGAGAACCGGGUCCGGUUCCUCUCCCCUCCUCCUCCCCUCCUCCUGUCUUUCUCCCCCGUUCACUCCUUCUUUACCCUCCUUCCGUUUGCCUUUUAUCCGAUCCCGCAACGCUGCAAAGUCGCCAAGAUGCCCAGCUCGCUCUUCGCCGACAGCAGCGUCCAGGGAGAUGCACUGGACGACCAGAGAGCCCUGCAGAUCGCCCUGGACCAGCUCUCCUUGCUCGGCUUGGACAACGACGAGAACUCCCUGUACGACAACCAGGAGCCCCGGAAAAAGAGCGUCAACAUGACCGAAUGCGUACCGGUUCCCAGCUCCGAGCAUGUGGCUGAGAUUGUGGGCAGACAGGGUUGCAAGAUCAAAGCGCUGAGAGCGAAGACCAAUACCUACAUCAAGACGCCAGUUCGAGGCGAGGAGCCGGUGUUUGUGGUGACGGGCCGGAGGGAAGACGUGGCCAUGGCCAGGAGGGAGAUCAUCUCUGCCGCCGAGCACUUCUCCAUGAUCCGGGCCUCCAGGAACAAAAACACCAGCCUGAAUGGGAGCGGCACCCCGGUGCCUGGACCCCCGAACCUGCCCGGACAGACCACCAUCCAGGUGAGGGUGCCGUACCGCGUGGUGGGGCUGGUUGUAGGCCCCAAGGGCGCCACCAUCAAGCGCAUCCAGCAGCAGACCCACACCUACAUCGUGACGCCCAGCCGAGACAAGGAGCCGGUGUUCGAGGUGACGGGGAUGCCGGAGAACGUGGACCGGGCGCGUGAAGAGAUUGAGGCCCACAUCGCCAUGAGGACGGGGGGCCUCAUCGAGCUUCAGGACGAGAACGACUUCCACGCCAACGGGACGGACGUGGGUUUAGAUCUGCACGGCCACGCCAUCCUGUGGUCCAAACCCGGCGCCGGGAUGACCCCCAGCUCGGCGCGCAAGCCCUUCUCCAACUACCGCAACGACUCGUCCUCGUCCCUGGGCAGCGCCUCCACGGACUCCUACUUCGGCAACAACGGCUCGCGCAUGGCCGACUACAGCCCCCCCAGCCCGGCGCUCAGCUACACCGCCGCCAACAACAACAACAACGGCAACAACAAUAACAACAACAUCAAUGGCUUUGUGUACGGGAGUGAGACCAUCUCGCCCGACUGCGCUGAUCUGACUUUUGACUCCUCGCCGGGGUUCAACCCCACGCCGCCACCGCCGCCGGGCCUCCUGUGGUCCCAGUACGACAGUCGCAUGACCCCCUCCUCCACCGGAGGCAGCUCCCCCACCCCCAGCUCCACCUCAGCCAUAUUCCCCACCAACGCCAACGGGAUAGCGGCGAGUCAGAGGCGGGGUAACGGUUGCACCCCGCAGCCCAGGCUGUCGCCCCCGCUCCACGGCCACAGCGGCGGUCACGGCGAGCACCCGUUGGCCCGGAGGGUGCGCAGCGACCCGGGCGGCGGCCCGCUCAGUUUCCCCGGCUACUCUUCCCUGCCGGGGCCCCACCUCCCCGGGGUUCCGUGCGACUCCUCGGCCUCGUCGUCGUCCUCCUCCUCCUCCUCCUCCACCUCCUCCGGCACCAGCCGCAAGGGCAGCCGCGACUGCUCGGUGUGCUUCGAGAGCGAGGUCAUCGCCGCGCUGGUCCCCUGCGGGCACAACCUCUUCUGCAUGGAGUGUGCCAACCGCAUCUGCGAGAGGAGCGAAGCCAAAUGCCCCGUCUGCCACGCCGGCGUCACUCAGGCUAUACGUAUAUUUUCAUAAGAAGCGCGACUCUUUUGACUACGUCUCGUCACCGGCGAGAACAAACAAAAGACUCUUCGUACUGCUUUAAUGGGAUCAGCCAAUCAUCCGUUUUUCGUGAAAAAUGUACAUAGGUAUAUAUGCAUAUGUAUGUCAGAGGCUGCAGUAUCCAGAUGAAGGGACAGAGACACCCCCGUUUUUGUAGUUGUUAAUAAUAUACUGUAGCGUGGGGAAAUAUUUUCAACAUCUUAAGUGCAUGUUUUAAAUAUUACAGCAUAGUAAUCAGUAGUUCUAGUACAUUGUACCCUAUAUUUAUGAAGUGGAGAGACACAGUGGGGUCAGGACGGAGGUACUUGAGUCAAACCGUAGACUGUUAGCCGGCGGAGCCCUCCCAGUUUUGCCGA